AUGGUCGUUCGCCGAGUUAUCACGAAACAAGGCAUGGUCUCCCACACAGAGAUCGAUAUCCGGUCACCUUUGCUGCAAAACUUAUUUCGCGAUCUUUUUAAAGGGAUCGAGGGUCUGGAGCUGAACAAGUCUCCUCCAAUUGCCACCCCAGAGCUCUUAUUUUGGGCCGCGCCGGAUCUGAUUCGAAUCAAAGAGGAGGAAAAGCAAAAGACGUCUCCUAAUCAACAUCUGAUCAACGAUAUCGGAACAGCUCUGCGUUUUGUUGAAGAGGACUAUGCAAGCACGAUUGUCAGCCUAAAGUCCCUUCUAGAGGAAAAGCAAAUUACCUGGGAUCUUCUUUGGGCUAUCUUCCCACCAAGGGAAGUAAUUAUUGCGCCCCGAUUUGGUACUCUUUUCGAGGAGCAGGCCUUGAAUUUGAAGAAUUCGGAGUACAAGACACGUCCAAAUGGUACCUUCUACUUCUCGGCGAAUGGCCAGGUCAUUAAGCAUGAUGGCGAAGACUUCGGUACAGCAACCGUAACAUUGGAAAUAGACAAGUAUGAGGGUUCUCGGACGAUAGGUAGCCUAACCUUCUUUCCGAUAAAGCACCAUGACCAAGAGUUUGCAGUCCGAGAAAGACUCAUUGCACGAGGAAGGAAGUUUCUCGCGUUAUUAGAACAACCUGCUUGCAGAGACUAUACCAUUACAAAUGCUGUCAAGGAGGUUACUUUGCCAGAUGGAAAGUCAAUUCCAGAAAAUUUCAGUGCUCUUGGAAGAACCAUGGUCGACCCUCCUGGGUAUUAUUUUCACAACACUUCGUCGGAUUUGAAUGAGCCUUGGGUCUACUCAACAGAUAAGCUAGAUUCUGCUAGUUUGUCCGAGGAUCAAUUAUUGAUUUGUGACUCAUGUAUCAACGGCUUCAGCUUUGCACAGAAAGUUUGGUGCAAACUUGCGGUGAGGGCGCUUUCUGAAGUUGAGUGGAAUCACAAUGCCUUCAAAAGACUAGUUAUGGAAGAGAAUCGCCGACAGCUUAUCCAUGGGCUUGUUCAAGGCCACCGGCAGGAUGAUGCAGUCUUUGAUGACAUUGUGGCUAACAAGGGCCAAGGUCUUAUUGCCCUUCUGACAGGAAGUCCUGGUGUGGGGAAAACACUGACUGCAGAGGCUGUUGCCGAAGUCACUCAGCGCCCACUGUAUGUGGUCGCAACUGGUGAACUAGGAAUCGACCCUGAUGAAGUCGAUAAUCGCCUAAAUGUUAUUUUAGACAUCACACGGCGAUGGGGCUGCGUUCUUCUAAUUGAUGAAGCAGAUGUCUUCCUUUCGACGCGUGGUAAGGAUCUAGCCCGGGAUGCGUUGGUGAGCGUUUUCCUCAGACGACUCGAAUAUUUCCGUGGCGUAGCAAUCCUCACCACAAACAGGAAACACGACAUCGACCCAGCUUUCAUGAGCCGAAUCCAUUUCACCCUUCACUACCCAGAUCUUGAUGCGAACAAGCGACAGGAAGUGUGGAAGAGUUUCUUGUCAAGUGUUGCGAAAACAUCAGAGCUGUCCGAAUUUACAGCCGAUGACUUUUCCGCCUUGUCGAGGCAUCCUCUGAAUGGCCGACAAAUCAAGAAUGUUGUCUCCUGUACAGUGUCCCUUGCAAGGGUGAGGAAGAAGAAGAUCACGGUAGAGGAUAUCGAGAACCUACUGAGUGUUAUGAUUGAUUGA